GAUUCUCCAUUAGUUAUUGUUAAAUAUUAAUUAUUUUUAACCUAUUAAAAAACGAGAGCGAAAUACGUCCCAUCCUAUCAGCAUUAAUCAGCCUGCUGCUGCCCUUGGGCUUGAACUCUUAUCGUUCCGUUCAGACCGUUCAAUUGGUAUUUACUAUUAAAUUACUAUUUUACUGCCAAGUUUUUCAGAGAAAAAAAUCAAAAAGCUUGCAAAAUGAACGGUUCGUUGGUAUUAAGAAAACACAGUCUUAAGAAUGUGUUAUCCAUCUUUGAGAGUCGUUUGUUUUCAAGCACACCAGAAGCCACUUUUGAAACUAAGCCAUUUAAGUUGCAUAAACUUGAAAAUGGUCCGAGUACAACCGUCACAUUGUCUUCAGAAGAUGCUAUUAAAUAUUAUAAACAAAUGCAAACUAUUCGACGAAUAGAAACAGCUGCAGGUAAUUUGUACAAGGAAAAAAUAGUUCGAGGUUUUUGUCAUCUCUACUCUGGACAGGAAGCAUGUGCUGUAGGAAUGAAAGCCAUGUUCCGUGAUACAGAUUCAAUAAUUACAGCAUAUCGUGCUCACGGUUGGACAUAUCUUAUGGGUGUGGACCCUUUUAAUGUAUUAUCAGAAUUAACUGGGCGUAAAAGUGGAAAUGCUCGUGGUAAAGGUGGUUCUAUGCAUAUGUAUGCUAAAAACUUUUAUGGAGGCAACGGAAUUGUUGGAGCACAGGUACCACUUGGUGCUGGAAUAGCAUUAGCUGCUAAAUAUUUAGGUACCGGUGGUGUGUGCUUUACCUUGUAUGGUGAUGGAGCUGCCAAUCAAGGACAAGUAUUUGAGGCUUACAAUAUGUCAAAAUUGUGGGAUAUACCUGUUGUGUAUGUUUGUGAAAAUAAUGGCUAUGGCAUGGGAACUAGCUCUGAACGUGCAUCUGCUAGUGUAGCAUAUUAUACACGAGGAGAUUAUAUUCCUGGUAUCUGGGUGGACGGUAUGGAUGUUUUGGCUGUCAGAGAAGCUGCUCGUUUUGCCAUAGAUUAUUGUACUAGUGGUAAAGGACCACUAGUUUUGGAAACAGCAACUUACCGAUACUCUGGACACUCUAUGUCUGACCCAGGAACAUCUUAUAGAACUCGUGAUGAAAUUCAAGAAGUGCGACAAACAAGAGAUCCAAUAACAUCUUUCAAAGAAAAAAUCAUAGGAGCUAAUUUAGUUAAUAUUGAUGAAUUAAAGCAAAUUGAUAAAGAAAUUAAAGCUCAAAU